AAGAAAGAGAGAACUAGAGACUGCUUGAAUGUUAUCAAUAUGAAUAUCGCAAUUGGACAGACUUUUUUUUUACAACAAUCAAGGCUGACAUGUUAAUUUUUAUACUUUGUCAAAUACUCGACAGAAAACAGAGAUUCUGGGUUAUGACAAAGGAUCGGGUCUUGGUAUACCGCACAAUAAGAAAUCGAGAUAUAGAAAUAUAUCAGCUAUUUCCGCCAAAACGUAGUAUGAGUGCUGGCGUGAAGUGUGAUAGCUGUCCCAUAAGAUGACGGUACUUUGGGACUAGUAUAACUUGGCGUGUAUACAAAAGAAACUAGAUUUAUCAAAUACAUGAAUAGAAGAAGUAUCAGUCACUAUGAUGUAGACCCAUGUUAGCUGUAUCCCAAUUGUAUCAUCGUUCUUUUUACAUGGCGACAAGCUGAACUGACCAAAUCAUACUCACAUCGUUAUUCAAAUAUACUGCUAUGUUUCU